UGUUGUAGUUUGAUAUUGCCCCUGGCCUUUCAAAUGCUAUAAUAGAAACUCACAUUAUCUAAAACCAGUUAACUCUUCCUCCUUCUCUCCUCUUGAAGAGAAAAAAAGAAAGAUUAUACAAGUAAUAAGAGAUUAAAUCAUGAAAAUUCUUGCAUUAAUUCUCACAUUCUCCAUCAUGUUUGUCUUCUCUCAGACAACACCAACAUUUAUCACUCAAUCUCAAAUGAAUCAAUCUUCCAUCCAGCUACAAAAUGAAACUGGAAAGAGUGGUGGUAGCUGCAAUUACAAAGUUAGCAUAAAGACAAGCUGCAAUUCUCCACCACAUACAACUGAUGAAAUCAGUAUAUUAUUUGGAGACAAUAAUGCGUCUGAGGUUUAUGUUCAAAGACUGGAUGAUCCUGAUUACGGGACAACAUUCGAGCAAUGCGCGACGAUUGAAUUUGAGAUAUUGGGACCAUGUAUUGGAAAAAUCUGCAAAAUGUAUCUAUUUAGAAAUGGAACAGAUGGUUGGAUACCAGAGAGUGUCACUGCAUAUCACUAUGAUUACCCUCCUGUCGUAUUUAACUACAACAUUGAUAUUCCUCUGGAUGCUGGCUAUGGCUACAAUAACUGUAAUAAUAAGGUUUAGUGUGAAUAUUUCUAAGAAAUAUUAGUCUUUCCUUUGUUUCACCUGAGAUAAGCUUAUUGUUAUUCAUUAUGGUUGUUUUUUCUA